UCAGAAAUUUUCCUUAUCCUGGUAGUAGUACUCCAUAUAUCACAGUGAAGCACAGCUUUCUCAUCUCUCUAUCUCUUUCUCUCUCUUCAUUUUUGAACUCCAAAAUGCUUUCAAUGGCGGUUCAACCUAACAUCAACGCCAUUGCUAAACCUUCAAUAUACCAGUCUCCGAAACUAUCUCUUAAACCCUUCAAAACUCCCGCCUUCGCAAACCCAAAACCCUUCUUUUCUUCACCAUCAUUUUCUCAAUUGAAGAAGAAGAACAAUUGGAGCCUUUUUGUUGCCCCUGAAACUAUUUCUGAUGUCGCAAUCAUGGGAAAUGAGGUAGACAUUGAUGAUGACUUGCUUGUCAACAAAGAGAAGCUCAAAGUGUUGGUGAAACCAAUGGAUAAACCAAGGCUAGUAUUGAAGUUCAUAUGGAUGGAGAAAAACAUAGGUCUAGCCCUAGACCAAACCAUACCUGGUCAUGGUACAGUACCACUAAGUCCUUACUACUUUUGGCCUCGUAAAGAUGCUUGGGAAGAACUCAAAGUAUUGCUUGAGAAUAAGCCAUGGAUAUCCCAGAAACAAAUGAUUAUUCUUCUUAAUCAAGCCACUGAUAUCAUCAACUUGUGGCAACAAAGUGGUGGUAAUCUUGCAUCUUAGAAUGCUUCUUAUGUUGUAUUUCAUUGUAUUUUGUAGGAGAUCUCUCUCGCUUUUGUCAACUAGAAAAACUGUUACUUCAUUGUCAUAUCCAGUUGAUUGAACGAACAUAAACAUGUCAUAUUACUUUGAAUUUAUGUAUCUAUUUUCUGAGGUUCAAUUUA